AUGUCACCCAGCCUGGAGUAUGUUAUGUCACCCAGCCUGGAGUAUGUUAAGUCACCCAGCCUGGAGUAUGUUAAGUCACCCAGCCUGGAGUAUGUUAAGUCACCCAGUCUGGAGUAUGUUAAGUCACCCAGCCUGGAGUAUGUUAAGUCACCCAGCCUGGACCUGGAGUAUGUUAAGUCACCCAGCCUGGAGUAUGAUAAGUCACCCAGCCUGGAGUAUGUUAAGUCACCCAGCCUGGAGUAUGUUAAGUCACCCAGUCUGGAGUAUGUUAAAUCACCCAGCCUGGAGUAUGUUAAGUCACCCAGCCUGGAGUAUGAUAAGUCACCCAGCCUGGAGUAUGUUAAAGUCACCCAGCCUGGACCUGGAGUAUGUAAGUCACCCAGCCUGGAGUAUGUUAAGUCACCCAGCCUGGAGUAUGAUAAAUCACCCAGCCUGGAGUAUGUUAAGUCACCCAGCCUGGAGUAUGAUAACUCACCCAGCCUGGAGUAUGUUAAGUCACCCAGCCUGGAGUAUGUUAAAUCACCCAGCCUGGAGUAUGUUAAAUCACCCAGCCUGGAUUAUGUUAAAUCACCCAGCCUGGAGUAUGUUAAAUCACCCAGCCUGGAGUAUGUUAAAUCACCCAGCCUGGAGUAUGAUAAAUCACCCAGCCUGGAGUAUGUUAAAUCACCCAGCCUGGAGUAUGUUAAAUCACCCAGCCUGGAGUAUGAUAAAUCACCCAACCUGGAGUAUGUUAAAUCACCCAACCUGGAGCAUGAUAAAUCACCCAGCCUGGAGUAUGUUAAAUCACCCAGCCUGGAGUAUGAUAAGUCACCCAGCCUGGAGUAUGUUAAGUCACCCAGCCUGGAGUAUGUUAAGUCACCCAGCCUGGAGUAUGUUAAAUCACCCAGCCUGGAGUAUGUUAAGUCACCCAGCCUGGAGUAUGUUAAGUCACCCAGCCUGGAGUAUGUUAAGUCACCCAGCCUGGAGUAUGUUAAAUCACCCAGCCUGGAGUAUGUUAAGUCACCCAGCCUGGAGUAUGUUAAGUCACCCAGCCUGGAGUAUGAUAAGUCACCCAGCCUGGAGUAUGUUAAGUCACCCAGCCUGGAGUAUGUUAAGUCACCCAGCCUGGAGUAUGUUAAGUCACCCAGCCUGGAGUAUGUUAAGUCACCCAGCCUGGAGUAUGUUAAGUCACCCAGCCUGGAGUAUGAUAAAUCACCCAGCCUGGAGUAUGUUAAGUCACCCAGCCUGGAGUAUGAUAAGUCACCCAGCCUGGAGUAUGUUAAGUCACCCAGCCUGGAGUAUGUUAAGUCACCCAGCCUGGAGUAUGUUAAAUCACCCAGCCUGGAGUAUGUUAAGUCACCCAGCCUGGAGUAUGUUAAAUCACCCAGCCUGGAGUAUGUUAAAUCACCCAGCCUGGAGUAUGUUAAGUCACCCAGCCUGGAGUAUGUUAAAUCACCCAGCCUGGAGUAUGUUAAAUCACCCAGCCUGGAGUAUGUUAAAUCACCCAGCCUGGAGUAUGUUAAAUCACCCAGCCUGGAGUAUGUUAAAUCACCCAGCCUGGAGUAUGUUAAAUCACCCAGCCUGGAGUAUGUUAAAUCACCCAGCCUGGAGUAUGAUAAAUCACCCAGCCUGGAGCAUGAUAAAUCACCCAGCCUGGAGUAUGUUAAAUCACCCAACCUGGAGCAUGAUAAAUCACCCAGCCUGGAGUAUGUUAAAUCACCCAGCCUGGAGUAUGAUAAAUCACCCAACCUGGAGCAUGAUAAAUCACCCAGUCUGGAGUAUGUUAAAUCACCCAGCCUGGAGUAUGUUAAAUCACCCAACCUGGAGCAUGAUAAAUCACCCAGGCUGGAGUAUGUUAAAUCACCCAGCCUGGAGUAUGAUAAAUCACCCAGUCUGGAGUAUGUUAAAUCACCCAGCCUGGAGUAUGAUAAAUCACCCCGCCUGGAGUAUGUUAAAUCACCCAGCCUGGAGUAUGUUAAAUCACCCAGCCUGGAGUAUGUUAAGUCACCCAGCCUGGAGUAUGAUAUGUCACCCAGCCUGGAGUAUGUUAAGUCACCCAGCCUGGAGUAUGAUAAGUCACCCAGUCUGGAGUAUGUUAAAUCACCCAGCCUGGAGUAUGUUAAAUGGAUAAGAGCGUCUGCUAAAUGA